UCUAAACUAAUUCGCACCCUGCAGUGUGAUAACAUUCACCUACUCCUUAUGGCAACAGUUCCAAUUAUCAAAAAAUAUGGCAUUGGCAUUCUCUUGGAGCCUUUCAUGAAUGACCCUUGAAUACCACUGAAUAAAUAAAGCAGAAGCAGACCAGGAACAUACACUUUAAAGUAAGUCUUUCAGUUUUUAGAAAAACAUUUUACACUUCGAACUCGUGCUGGUCAUGACCGCCAAUGCGAACUGAUUAAAGAAAACCCAGAACUGAGUAAAGCAUAUGGGCUUUGCAGGAGAUCAAUUCUUCGCAACUCUAGGUAUUUUCAUGUAGCAGAUGGCAUGCCAGGUGAUGCAAUGCAUGAUAUACUAGAAGGAGUACUUCAGUAUGUAUGUAAAGAAUUGCUGAAGGACUUCAUAUUUAAAGAAAAAUUUUUAACAGUGGAGCAACUUAAUGAAAGAAUUAACUCUUUUGAUUAUGGAUAUUUUAAUGAUAAAAACAAGCCAUCACCAAUCACCCGGACAACUUUGAAGAGUGAAAACAAUAGUUUAAAGCAAAAAGCAAGACAAAUGUGGUGCCUUGGAAAAUUCCUUCCUUUAGCUCUCGACAGUGCCAUUCCUCAGGAUAAAGAAAAGUGGAUGCAUUUUCUGUUGCUCCUUAAAAUUGUUGAAAUUGUUUUUUCACCAAUCACAAACACUGAUGAACUUGCUAUCCUGGAAGGAUACCUGAAGGAAUUUUUGUGGAAAUUCACCCAGCUUUAUCCUGGGCUUUCAGUUAUACCCAAGAUGCAUUACUUGGUUCAUUACCCAGCUCAUAUUUACAGUGACAUUUUCCCACGAAUUCCACAAACUAGCUUCAGUAAGAGCCAAUUGAUAUGUUUUGUUAAUAUCUAAAGAUAUGGCUGGAUUAAAGACAAUUUGAAAGUUAUUCUCUUGUCUACCGUUCGCCGCAAUGGCUCUUGUUGAGUCUAACUCAAUGCUAAUUUCGUCUUCUAAUAAUGCUUCAGACAUUAUAGUUGUAUUGAUAACAUUAAGCAAUAGCUUUGUAUAAUAUAUGAGCAGAAAUUUUAACGCACGUAUUUAUUUCUAAUUUUUCGGUAAUAACUUUUCGAUAUCGCA